UUACUAUGUCAUCUUUCGACAAUGUGAUUCAUAACAAUAACAAGGUGAAUCACAUUUUAAAAGUGAUUUGGAAUUUGAAUCAAGUGUGUCUCAAUCAAUACCAGCGAGAACAAUCUUAACCAGUUUGAAAUAGUGGAUUACUCAGACGUUCUGAAAAAAAUAACAGCAUGAUGUACGGUGCCUACUACAAUUUUAUUCAAGUAGUGUACUAAAUAAUUCCAUUCCAAAAUGCCAGUCAGCAGGUUGACCAUUGUCAAAUUCGCCGAAUUGAUCUUGGCCAUAGUGAUCGCAUUCCUGCACAACAGCACUUUCGAGGGAGCUGGCACUUUCCAGCUGUACCUGUUGGCCGCCACCUUCGGAGGAUUCGCCAUCAUUGUCAUCGGUGUGUUCCUCGGUCACAUCACAGGCAACCCUGUCAACAGGAGUGUGGAUCUGUUUUUCUGUGUGGUUGGAGCCAUCCUGUACAUCAUGGCCGCUUACUUCAGUUACCAGCGAUUCCAAGGCUGGACUUAUGACAAGAGCCACGCCAACCUGGGGCUUACCAAGUCUGCUCUCUCUCUCAUCCAGGGUAUUGUCUUCAUCGUUGACGGAUUCUUCACUUUCAAGCUUGAAUAAGUGCCAAACUUAACAAAAAAACAUUUCCAUCAUCAAUCCGUGAUACAGGAAUGUUGAAAUUGUCCAAAGUCGAUGGAUUGAAUGAAAGUUGCCAAACUGUACUAAACUAUCAUUUAAGUCCGAAUAAAUCUUCUAGUGAACAUAGUCUGCUGCUGGAGGGAACAAAAUCGAAUAAGACGAUUUUUUUUGGACUUUCAAAUCAAAAUUGUCAACUAACUUAUAUAUGUUGAUUGAUUUUGUCAGUCAUUGUUAUACUCGAAUGUUCCAUUUUAUUCAAUCAGUAACCUCUAGAAUUAUUCCGUAAAAAGUAAAUUAUAUAUUUGAAUAUAAAUUAUUCUCUUCGGAUUAAGUAAAACUUUUGGCAGAAUUUGGUAAUAACGUUCACUCCAUUCAUGAAAUAAUAAAUUUUCAACAUUAGAUAAAAGAAUGUCUCAUAACAAUCGAGAAAUUCUAAAUGAACAAAUUUGUAUUCUACUAUUUGUUAAAAUGAAAGCUUAAGAAAGAUUUAAAAAAAAUAAUUUAUUGGUAGUACAAAGUUUAAUUAUAUGAAUUAUUAAAUUAUUUAUUGUAAAAAACAGUAAUAAAUUAUUCAUCAUCGACAUUUCAUGAAAAAUUGAAAUUUGAACUACAAACUUCUAAAUCUUAUGAUAGACUUAUGUAUCAAUAUAGUACAGCUAUACAUGAUAAUCGUAUAGUUGAAAAAAGUUGUAAAAUGAACUAAUUUUAUGAAUAACCAAAAGUAAAAAUAAACGUUUGUCAUGUAGAAAAAUAAUUUCUUGUGUGAAUGUAGUGUCAAGGAGCCAGUAUUAUGAGUUCUAUUAUAAAAUGAUAAUCACGAUGUAUCAUGAUCAUGUAUUUUUCUCCUUGACAAAAAUCCUAGAUUCUAUGUAUACCAGUAAUUGAUGUAUCAGUAGUUGUUAUCAACUGCAUGUUGUAUGCUACACUGAUCCAGCAGCUUACCUGUAUUCCAAUUUUUGUUCAAGAAUGUUAUUAUUCAUACAUUUUCUGAAAAUAUUCUGUGAAAUCGAACUCAUAAUUCAAAUACCUACAGGGGCUACAUUAUCUUUUUGAGUAGCCUAAUGUCGUUUGUAAAAGAGUGUCGAAUUAUUAAGACAUUACUGUCUAUAUUAUAGUUUGUGUUUUAAAAAGUUGAGAAUUAUUUUGUAUGUUUCCACCAAUGUACCUAACACUGUAUUUUAUCUUUGAUAGGCCUACUAUUUCUAUCUACUCUAUAAACUACACAUUUGAAUUUUUCAUCACUCGAAUUCACACUUAAACGUUGAUUGUUGUUUUUAUACAUUAUUAAUAUAGUUCGUUUUCAAACGAGAUUUUCUUCAUUGGGUGCAGAGAAUCUCAAAAUAAAAUUUCUACUAUUUAUGUUAA